UGGCCAUAAGAAAGAUUGUCUUUACUUCAUAAGUUAUUGUUAUUAUAUAUCUAUGUGAUUAAGUUUCAGAGAUACCAUAAUUAUUCCUAUUUAACCAAAUAAAUAUUUCUUAAAAUUCUUCAAAUAAACUUGCUUAAAAGGGACAUUUGUUAUAAUUCUUAAACAUGUUUUUCCAAAUAUUAAACAUAUUUAAUCACCAUAAUAUUUUGAUUUGCAGGUCCUUUUAACUGCAGGAUGGACUUCAUCCAGCUGCUUUUAUCUGUGACAUUCCUGUCAUCUCACAUGAUUUAUGGAGGAUCCCAGAUCAUUCCAGACUUCUCAUCACAAUGCUUUGCUACUGGUGAGGUCCUUUUUAUGGUGGAUGGAUCAGAUAGCAUCUUGGAUGUUGAUUUUCAACGACAAAAAGACUUAGUGCUGUCCAUAGCCAAUUCCCUCUACCUCAGCAAGGUCAAUGGCAUGCGUGUAGGCUGUAUCGCCUUCAGUACCGAGAUCCAUGGAGUACCGCUGACUCAUUCUAGCAGGGCUCAUCUGUUUGAGAGAGCAGUGGACUUGUUACCUCACGACCGUGAUGGUACAGAAACCCACUCAGGAAUACAAUAUGCCAGAACCAUCUUCAAGGAGGAAGCCAGGCCAAAUGUUCCCAAGAUCCUGGUUAUUCUCACAGAUGGCUUUUCCCAGAAACCCAGUCUGACAAUCAGUGAAUCGGCGAGGGCUAAGGAAGAGAACAUCACAAUAGUUACUGUGGGUAUUGGAAGACAAAACCAAGGCAUAGCUGUGGAGGCGAUGGAUGAGCUGGUGACUAUAGCAUCCUAUCCAGACCUCACCUUCAACAUCACGGGUUUUGACACUUUGCUGUCAUGGGCACCAAAUAUCACACAAACUGUAUGCGAACUUGCUUCUACAGAAACAGUACCCUUGUUUAGUGACGAUUUCUUUUGUCCGAAUGUUGGCGAGAUCAUCUUUAUGGUGGAUGGGUCGGACAGUAUGUUGGACAUCAACUUUGCUCAAGAGAAGAACUUUGUGCUGUCUGUGGUGGACUCUCUCUACCUUGACCCGGUGAACGGUAUAAGAGUCGGAGGCUUGGCUUUUAGCACCCGUGUCCAGGGCAUUCCUCUUGACCCUUUCCAGAACGUCUCACAGUUUCGUGAGUCAUUUGGUGGUCUUAUACAUGAUCAAGAAUCGACCUUCACCCACUUGGGUAUUGAGUAUGCUAGAGGGAUCUUCAAAUCUCAGUCUAGAGAAGGGGUGCCCAAAACGCUUGUGAUUCUUACUGAUGGCUUUUCCAGGCGACCUGAGAUGACCUCGCAACAGGCAGAGGAUGCAAAGCUAGAAGAUGUUACUAUUGUGGUGGUGGGUAUUGGGAGAGCAAUCCUAGGAACAAAUUCUCGCUCCCGAGGUGAACUAGAGAACAUCGCCUCCUCAACAGACCUCCUUUAUGUUCUUCCAGAUUUUGAAAGUUUGGACCCGCUGGUAAACAACUUCACACAAACCUUGUGUGAUUUUGCAAGUUUACCUGGUGAAAUUGCACCUCUGCCAACUACACCUCUUCGCCCAGUUACGGUGGCCUCUGUCCCUGAAACUACAGUUCCAUCCGCCUUCAUUGUCAGACCCGAUCCACGUCUGCCCAUCCCUGGUACAUUAACUGACUGUAUAUACCCAGCUGAGCUGAUGUUCAUGGUGGAUGGGUCAGACAGUAUGGUGGACAUUAACUUUGAGCAGGAGAAGGACUUUGUCCUGUCCAUUGUGGAUUCUCUCUAUCUGAAUCCAGCAGAUGGGAUCAGGGUUGGAGGGUUGGCCUUUAGUUCACGGGUACAAGGAAUUCCACUGAGACCGUUCCUGAAUGUGUCAGAGUUUAGGAGAGAGUUUGGGCGUUUGGUGCAUGAUCAAGAGUCCACAUUUACUCAUCUUGGUAUACAGUAUGCGCGGGAAGUCUUCAGACAACAAGCUAGGCAAGGAGUACCCAGAGUCUUGAUCAUUUUGACUGACGGUUUGUCAAGACGCCCAGAGCUUACAGAACAGGAGGCUGCUCUGGCCAAGCAAGAAGGGAUUACAGUAAUAACUGUUGGGAUUGGAUCAGGAAACAGGGAUGUUGGGGAGAGAGCCAUUCAAGAACUGGAGAAGAUGGCAUCCUCUACAGAUUUUGUGUAUCUGAUCCAAGAUUUCAACGAAUUACCCUUCAUUUUUUCCAAUGUGACGUCAACUUUUUGUGAAGUUGCAGCCAAGUCGCCCUUGCUUCCACCACCACUUCAACUACCAACAAGAAGAAUCCCUCCACCCACAGUGGCCACUCCACCACUUACAGCAGCCCCUUCACCACCCUCCAUUACUAGCACAUUCUCUCCAGCAAGAAUUCCUCCAGCCCCUGAACCAGGCUGCCGGUAUCCAGCUGAGCUGAUGUUCAUGGUGGAUGGGUCGGACAGUAUGGUGGACAUCAACUUUGAGCAGGAGAAGGACUUUGUCCUGUCCAUUGUGGAUUCUCUCUAUCUGAAUCCAGCAGAUGGGAUCAGGGUUGGAGGGUUGGCCUUUAGUUCACGGGUACAAGGAAUUCCACUGAGACCGUUCCUGAAUGUUUCAGAGUUUAGGAGAGAGUUUGGGCGUUUGGUGCAUGAUCAAGAGUCCACAUUUACUCACCUUGGUAUACAGUAUGCGCGGGAAGUCUUCAGACAACAAGCUAGGCAAGGAGUACCCAGAGUCUUGAUCAUUUUGACUGACGGUUUGUCAAGACGCCCAGAGCUUACAGAACAGGAGGCUGCUCUGGCCAAGCAAGAAGGGAUUACAGUAAUAACUGUUGGGAUUGGAUCAGGAAACAGGGAUGUUGGGGAGAGAGCCAUUCAAGAACUGGAGAAGAUGGCAUCCUCUACAGAUUUUGUGUAUCUGAUCCAAGAUUUCAACGAAUUACCCUUCAUUUUUUCCAAUGUGACGUCAACUUUUUGUGAAGUUGCAGCCAAGUCAUCCUUGCUUCCACCACCACUUCAACUACCAACAAGAAGAAUCUCUCCACCCACAGUAGCCACUCCACCACUUACAGCAGCCCCUUCACCACCCUCCAUUACUAGCACAUUCUCUCCAGCAAGAAUUCCUCCAGCCCCUGAACCAGGCUGCCGGUAUCCAGCUGAGCUGAUGUUCAUGGUGGAUGGGUCGGACAGUAUGGUGGACAUCAACUUUGAGCAGGAGAAGGACUUUGUCCUGUCCAUUGUGGAUUCUCUCUAUCUGAAUCCAGCGGAUGGGAUCAGGGUUGGAGGGUUGGCCUUUAGUUCACGGGUACAAGGAAUUCCACUGAGACCGUUCCUGAAUGUGUCAGAGUUUAGGAGAGAGUUUGGGCGUUUGGUGCAUGAUCAAGAGUCCACAUUUACCCACCUUGGUAUACAGUAUGCGCGGGAAGUCUUCAGACAACAAGCUAGGCAAGGAGUACCCAGAGUCUUGAUCAUUUUGACUGACGGUUUGUCAAGACGCCCAGAGCUUACAGAACAGGAGGCUGCUCUGGCCAAGCAAGAAGGGAUUACAGUAAUAACUGUUGGGAUUGGAUCAGGAAACAGGGAUGUUGGGGAGAGAGCCAUUCAAGAACUGGAGAGGAUAGCAUCAUCUACAGAUUUUGUGUAUCUGAUCCAAGAUUUCAACGAAUUACCCUUCAUUUUUUCCAAUGUGACGUCAACUUUUUGUGAAGUUGCAGCCAAGUCGUCCUUGCUUCCACCACCACUUCAACUACCAACAAGAAGAAUCUCUCCACCCACAGUGGCCACUCCACCACUUACAGCAGCCCCUUCACCACCCUCCAUUACUAGCACAUUCUCUCCAGCAAGAAUUCCUCCAGCCCCUGAACCAGGCUGCCGGUAUCCAGCUGAGCUGAUGUUCAUGGUGGAUGGGUCGGACAGUAUGGUGGACAUCAACUUUGAGCAGGAGAAGGAAUUUGUCCUGUCCAUUGUGGAUUCUCUCUAUCUGAAUCCAGCAGAUGGGAUCAGGGUUGGAGGGUUGGCCUUUAGUUCACGGGUACAAGGAAUUCCACUGAGACCGUUCCUGAAUGUGUCAGAGUUUAGGAGAGAGUUUGGGCGUUUGGUGCAUGAUCAAGAGUCCACAUUUACUCAUCUUGGUAUGCAGUAUGCACGGGAAGUCUUCAGACAACAAGCUAGGCAAGGAGUACCCAGAAUCUUGAUCAUUUUGACUGAUGGUUUGUCAAGACGCCCAGAGCUUACAGAACAGGAGGCUGCUCUGGCCAAGCAAGAAGGGAUUACAGUAAUAACUGUUGGGAUUGGAUCAGGAAACAGGGAUGCUGUGGAGAGAGCCAUUCAAGAACUGGAGAGGAUAGCAUCAUCUACAGAUUUUGUAAGUUGCAGCCAAGUCAUCCUUGCUUCCACCACCACUUCAACUACCAACAAGAAGAAUCCCUCCACCCACAGUAGCCACUCCACCACUUACAGCAGCCCCUUCACCACCCUCCAUUACUAG